AUGGGCGCCCAAAACGAUGAGCUUUUCGAAGCAAGCCCCCCUCCUUAUCAACCGCAGCCACCAACUCGACGCUUCUUCAUUCGGAGACGCCGAGGACGUCUAAUUACUCUCGCGGGACUUGUCGCUUUUGUACUAUGCUUGUCUCACUACAGCAAUGCUGUUCAGGAGCCCUCAUACAACCAAUCAGAGCAGUUCGCAAGAGGACUGAGCAAGUGUGGCGAGAGUAAUGCGCGAAGCGCGAGUCGAAAGUCGUCCUCGCCGAAUCGGUCAAAUCCGCGCUGGAACUCAAAGUCUGGACAGCAGCGCGCCAUUGUGCUUCGUAAUGCAACUCUGUUCGACGGAGAGAAGGUCCUUGCGGCGACUGUUGAUAUUGCGUUUGAACAGGGAGUUAUCAAGUCAGUGUUCGACACUCAGGAUGAGGUGACUUUUCCCAGUAAUACGGAUGUGUAUGAUGUUAAAGGGAGAUUUGUUACCCCGGGUCUCGUCGACAUCCAUUCUCACCAUUUGGAGCUCCCUUUCUCUUCGGUCUCAGCGAUCGCAGACGUCAACGAGAAGCCUGGACUUGGCCCCAUCACUCCUUUCGUCCGUGCGAUUGACGGCUUCAAACCAUAUGAUCCUGCAAUUGAGAUCAUUGCAUCCGGCGGUGUCACGUCUUCUCUCAAUUUGCCGGGGUCUGGCAACAUUAUUGGUGGUCAAGGGUACUUGGUGAAGAAUCUGCCGCUUCCUGGUGAAGAUGGCGAACCCGUUGUCGAAGAAUUGCUACUCGAGCAUGGGAUUCCGGAAUUGAGUCGUCAGCGAUAUCUUAAGAUGGCGUGUGGCGAGAACCCAAAGCACCUGUAUGGGCAUACCCGACUCGGCAAUGCCUGGCUUCUGAGACAGCACUUGGAAAAGGCACAGAAGCUCAAGUCCAAGCAGGAAGCUUGGUGUCAAAGUGCCCAAGAACUCCAGUCCGGUGGUUUAUGGCAGCAAAGCCGAGUUUCCCGACUUGUAGACAAAGUAGGUGAGCGGCCGGAAGACUUGGAACUAGAGGCAACGGUGGCUCUUCUCAAAGGCGAGUUCAACGUCAACAUCCACUGCUAUGAACCCGAAGACUUUGAGCGGAUGCUCGAUGUGCUCCAUGAGUUCGGGGUUCAUCCACAAGCCUUCCAUCAUGCUCUUGAAGCUUGGCAGGUUCCCGAGUUUCUCAAGAAGCAGGAAGAAAAUAUCACCAUUGCCACCUUUGCCGAGAACUCACUCUUCAAGCAUGAAGCCUACGGUGCAAACCUUCGAGGCCCCAAGAUUCUCGAUGAUCAUGGUAUCCGCGUUGUUUUGAAGUCGUAUCUCAUGUACCAAGCUGCUGUUGCCCACUCAUUCGGCUUGUCCGAAAACAAAGCUCUACAAUCUGUGACCUCUGUCGCUGCACAGUCCAUCUACCAGGGUCAUCGAAUUGGCUUCGUAAAACCUGGAUAUGAUGCUGACCUGGUUGUCUGGGAUUCUCAUCCUCUUUCGGUUGGCGCUACACCCGUUCAAGUGUAUGUCGAUGGCAGGGAAGUUCUCGACAUCAAAGACUCCCUUCAACGAUUGGAAGCCCAGGUUUCAUCGGCGAAUAAUGUUGUGCCGGAGGCUCGCCCGUAUGUUUUGCAGACAAAGAAACGGGAUGUUUGUAAUCAAGCGACCGCUCAGGGAGCAAACAUUCUCUUCACCGGCAUAAAGAAACCUCUUUUGGAGAAUCAGCUCCCUGAGGUUACCUUGGCCGUCGAACAGGGGCAAGACCUUGCCCUAGUGGUUUCUGACGGUCGCAUCACUUGUCUGAAUAUCGAGUCCAGGUGUUCAUCUACCCUUCAGCAUGACGAGACUGUGGAAAUUAAACUAGCCAACGGAUACGUUACUCCUGGUCUGAUUGCUUUCGGCAAUAAUCUUGGCAUUCUCGACAUUUCAUCUGAGCCGUCAACAGGCGACGGAUCACCAGGAUCAAAGGUGAAUGGACUCGAUGCCCAGAAGCACUUGCAUAGUGCCAAAUAUGGUGUUCAUUUCGGUGGAAGGGGCUUCGGCAGAGCAAGAAUUGGUGGUGUGACAAGGGCGAUCACGGCUCCUAUCUUUGGAGGCGGUGUUCUCCAGGGUGUGAGUGUCGGCUUGCGGACAAGUGAGAACGCAACAAUCCUGGGAGGCGGGAUUUGGAAGGACGAAGUGGCUCUACACUUUGCUAUUGGUCAAGAGGCCAAAGGCGAUGAUACCCCGACUGUGUCUGCCGGCGUUGAGCGACUGCGUCAAAUUCUUCUUGAGGGCCAGGGUCAAGACCAAUCUCCAAGUAGCGUGUAUUACCGCGCCUCGCAUGGCUCUCUUCCAGUCGUUGUAUAUACAGAUGAUAUCUCGCAGAUUGUUCUCCUGAAACGAGAAUUUCCCACCGUGAAGUUUGUCAUCUUCGGCGGCCAUGGAGCACCUCUGGUCGCAAAGGAGCUCAGCGAAGCUCAGGUCCCUGUCAUUCUGACCGGAAACAGGGGUGCGCCCGAUAGGUGGGAGAAAAAAUCCUCACUUGCGGGCCCGCCUCUCUCACCAAGUCCUGCCCAAGUACUUAUUGAUGCCGGCGUUCUAGUCGCCCUCGCCGUCAGAGGCGACUCCAAGAUCCAUGGUUUGGCCCAGGAGGCGCAGUGGGUGGCAAAGUUCGCUGGACUGGCGGACAAAGAAGCCAUCAAGCUUGUGUCAACAAACUUUGAUGAGAUACUCGGGCUGAAUGGCAAUGUUCGAGCUCCAGACGGAUCUGGAGAUGUACUGGCCGAGACCACUGUCCAUGGCGACUUUGUCGUUUGGGACGGAAGCCCUCUGAAUGGCGAGGGAAGCGUGGUCCUGGCUGUGCAAAGCAACGGAAAGAUUGGAGACUGCUGGCCAGAUGUCGAAGGGGCCGUUUUAUGA